CUGCAAAUCGCAAUGAUUUGCAGUUUGGAAGAGCUAUACUUGUGGUCCCUACCAAGAUUGAAGGCAAUCUGCCAAUAUGGGUCUCUUCCAGUUCCAACAAGAGGAGGAGAAUGCUUCUUCUUCAGCAACUUAAGAUUCUUAUAUUUGAGAAAUUGUUCCGAUCUAAUAAGUAUAAUACCCUCUGAUCUGCUGGCAAAGCUACCAAAUUUAGAAGAACUUGAGGUAUUGGAUUGUAAUGGGGCGACUGAGGUAUUUAACUCCAAGGGACUAAUACUACUACUUGACGAAGAAGAAGAAGGGCAUCAUGAGCAGGCUACGCCAAUAUUGUCAAAAUUAAAUCGAUUGGAUCUACGAGGACUUCCUCUUUUAAGGACCAUAUGGGAGGGCGUUGUUUCUCCUUUAAGCCUCCCGAACCUAGAGAAGAUACACGUAGAACACUUGGAUGAAUUGGAUUUCAUGUUCUCACUAGCCAUGGCUCAGAGGCUUCAACAACUAAGGCUGCUUGAGAUUGAGAAAUGUCCUAAAAUGGUGCAAAUAAUCUCAUUAUUAAUGAAGGGAGAAGAUGAUAUAGAAAAGGAGGCCAUCAUGUGCAAGGCAGUACUGUUUCCUCGACUAAGGAAUCUAUGGUUAUACACACUGCCAAAUCUCUCGACAGUGGUGAGCAAAGGGGUGUUACACAACCAUGAUUAUUAUUCUUACUGGCCUUUGUUGGAAACAUUGACAGUUGGGGAAUGCCCCAAAUUGAAAAGGCUGCCCCCUGUGUGUCCACAAACGACCGCAACAGAACUGAGGGAAAUUCAUGUAGGAGAAAAAUGGUUCAAUGCUUUGGAGUGGGAUGACCAUACUGAUGAAAAGUUGCACCUACAAGAAAGAGUCAAGGUAAUUAUUGAAUUCUUAAUAUAUUCUUUCACCUUUUCUUGCUUGUCUACUAUACAUAUAGAAUCAUGUACAUCCCUAAACAAGACAUUUAAUUUCUUUUAUUUCUUGUUCCUCAUCAUGAUCACAUUUUAUGAAGAAUUCAUAUACUUAAGUGGAACCAUCCAACAGGUCAGAUUUUAUGAUGACGAUGACUACAAUGAUGACAACGACGACGACAAUGAUGAUGAAUUAGAUGAGAAUCGAUGGGUAUGUUUAUCCAUAAAGCCUUCUUCUUUAGUUUAA